AUGAAAGAAAGACAAAAAACUUCUUCCAACAUACUACCAAGUGGUUCCACCAUUUGGGACCUGUUGGAUAGAGCAGCUCAGAAACAUCCACAAAAUGGCCUGAUAUUUCCAAGCCACGAGCUUGAACAGCCUCCAACCACUGUCACCUACUCUGAACUUUGUUUUGAAGCUCUGAAAAAUGGAGAAGCCCUUCGGUACUCUGGAACAGUAGUUCCUGGGGACAUCGUUACCACUUAUUUCGACAACCACCAGGAGAAUAUCAUCUGGUUCUGGUCCGUUGUUGCUGCCGGAGGUAUACCCGCAAUUUUGAGCCCACUUGCGAAGGACUCGAAAACUCGAGUGGCACAGCUAGAACAUGUCAUUCGGCUUCUUCAAACGCCGACCAUCGUCACUAGCAAGCGGAUGGUGCUGCAUCUUACAGGGUCCGAAGGACUGCGAGUUACGACAACUGAAAGCCUGCGGGAAGCAGCUCGGUCGAAGAACGAAACCAAUGGUAGCACUAAACGCAAGAUGCUCUCUGAAGAACCGCCAACGAAGCGCAACAAAUUAAGGACAUGUAAAUCUAACCAAGUACGCAAUGAUCUGGCCGUGCUGCUAUUUACAUCCGGAAGCACGGGCCCUGCAAAAGCUGUCGAGCUUUCUCACUCGCAACUCAUAGCCUCUGUUCAAAUGAAAUCUGCCUUGCAUGGUGUCGGCCCCAAUAUGAAUUUUAUGUCCUGGGUUUCGUUUGAUCACUCUGCCAACUUUUGCGAGAUUCAUCUGAAUGCGCUAUACUCCGGUUCAAAUCAAGUCCAUGCGGCAACAGCUAAUAUGGCUACCGAGCCGGCCAGCUUCUUCAGUAUCUUGAACAAAUACGAAAUCGGUUACACCUUCGCACCAAAUUUCUUUCUGGCCGCAGCUUUCAAAGCAUUUCGAGCUCAAAAGGAUCCUCCACUUUUAGACUUCUCCAAACUGUCAAUUAUAAUGACAGGGGGCGAAGCCAACAAAGUUUCCACUAUAGCAGCGGUGGAUACGUUGCUUGUGAAAUAUGGAGCCAGUCCGAACACGAUUAAAUCGUCCUAUGGGUUAAGCGAGACUUGCUCCGCAUGUUUCUACAACACAGAAUGCCCCACAUACGAUCUUAUGAAAGACUAUACCUUUGCUUCAGUAGGCAAACAUGCCCGCGAUGGCUCUCUAGAGCUCCGUAUUGUGGAUGCGUGUGGACGUAAACAAGCCCCUGGAGUGACUGGUGCCAUCCACUUACGUGGAGAGAUUGUUUUCAGGGGGUAUUUCAAUGACAAUAAUGCCACGGAUGCAUGCAUGACCUCGGACGGCUGGUUUGACACUGGAGACACCGGAGUUGUGGAUGAAAAUGGCAACCUUCGGAUAGUCGGAAGAUCCAAAGAGGUGAUUAUCAUCAACGGCAAUAAUUAUUCUUCGUUUGACCUCGAGCACGCUAUCGAAUCACGCGUUAUAAAGGGUCUGACACCUUCAUACACCGCCACAUUCUCCUCUUUGGACCCAAGUGGUGAUAGUGAAAGCGUUGUGGUCCUCUUUAAUCCUGCAGACCAUAUCGUCGAUGCUGCCGUUCAAGAUACGAUAGACGCGAUCAACAUGGCGGUCGUUGCGUUUUGUUCAAAACCAGCCCUCGCAGUCAUUCCUCUUCCGAAAGACCAAAUGCCAAAGUCCACAAUUGGCAAGUUAUCGCGCCGCAGGCUCAAACAGUCAUUCGAAGCUGGAUUAUUUGACCAAUAUCGAACACAGAAGAGAUUGGAGCCGGCCUAUGAGCACAAUGGCGACGAGAAGCAAGAAUCGAAAUCUCUCAAUCACCUAUCACCACUCGGAAGACAGGUUGCGGAAAUAUUCUCUAGAGAAACGGGGAUACCUCAGGUGAACCUUGCAGGCGACAAUGCUUUACUUCGUUCGGGUCUUGAUAGCUUGGGGUAUAUGCGCAUCAAGAAAUCACUUGAAGGCGCAUUCCACAUUCACCAAGAGAUACCCAUGGGAAUGCUGUUGCGCAGUACAUCUAUCCAGGAACUAGAGACAUCAUUACUGUCUAUAGGGACUGCUCCACUGGAGUAUGAUCCUAUCGUUCCUCUGUCGCUGCACGGCUCGAAGCAGCCAUUGUUCCUCUUACAUCCAGGAUCUGGUGAGUUCUUGUGCUGGAUGCGCUUCUUACCCUUCUUACCUGAUCGGCCAAUAUAUGCUUUGAGAGCUAGGGGAGUUUAUGAAGGGGAAGGGUCGUUCUCGGAUCUUGAGGAAAUGCUGAGCUGUUAUCUGGAAGCCAUCAAACGUACUCAACCUCACGGACCAUAUGCAAUGCUUGGGUACUGCCUUGGGGGCAUGAUUGCCUUUGAGCUAGUCAAGAGGCUAGAAGCCCUGGGGGAUGAAGUUUCGUUUGUUGGUGGAAUCGAUAAUCCUCCGGACUUGAAGCUUAUCAUGGGCCGCCUUCAAUUCCGCACGUUGAUGAUAGACCUUCUUCCUCAAUUCACUUCGUAUACGAGGGAGGAAGCCGACGACUUUGGCCUACAAACAGCUCAUAAAUCAGACAAAGAAUUCUUUUAUGAGUUGUAUACCAAAUUCUCUCCCGAGUUCCUUGAGGCGAUGGACCUUACGCCGGCCCGACUUGCAGCUCUGGGCCGUGUAGAGAAUUCCAUGAGGCUCAUGGCAAGCACCUACACUCCUAGCGGGUCUAUCUCCAAGUACGACUGUUUCUGUGCAGAUCCAAUGCCGCAUUUCAAUGCCUCGCCCGAAGAGUGGAGAAAAGAUGUCUUGGCUACUUGGAGGGAGUAUUGCGAAAGUGACGUCAGAUAUCAUGAUGUCGACGGCAAUCAUUCCACAGCGAUGAAAGAGCCUCAUCUGCGGGUAACUCAGGCUAAGAUCAACGAGGCUUUGGUGGCCUUUCGCCUCUACAUAUCCUUUAUUCAUUGUUUCCCGCUGCCGGUGAGGACAGACCAGAAGGCUCUCUAUUUGAGGCUGAGACACGGUCUGUCUGAGACUGUAUCUGAACUACCCUUUCUGGGCGGAUGCAUAGUUCCAGAAGUAAGAAGAAGUGACCGAGUCCAAAUCCAGAUCAAUGAGGGAUAUGGUAUCAGAUUCCCGUACAGAGACUACACGGACGCGUCCCCUCAAACUUCAUGGCGAAGAUCCUACGAGGAGCUGAAAGCGGCUCAUUUCCCAAUCUCAGCACUCGACGCCCGAAAGCUCUCGCCAGUAGACCCCAUUCCUACGUCUCCUACGCCACCAGUUAUGGUUGUACAGGCGAACUUCAUAAAUGGAGGUCUGCUGCUGACGACCAGCAUACAUCACUCAGCAUUGGAUGCGACUGGCUUUGCAACGGUCCUCAAGAUCUGGGCAAAUCACAGUAGAGGGGAUUACGACACAGGUGGCAUCGUGUCUCUUACUACACCCAACUGGAGGGCAAUGGAUAGAUCCGUGCUUAUGAAAGGGCAUGCUGAAGCUAACAUCAGAGACUCCCCUGUAUUCAGGGUACGUGACGGUCCUGAGUUGACUGUAACACAGCGAUCGGGAAUGGUUCCGGCUUGUCCUGCAAAAGAAAUAAGUAUCUUUUAUUUUUCGCCAUCGUGUCUAGCACAGCUAAAGCUAGCUGCGUCAUCGGACAACCCCACAGACCGCUGGGUAUCUACCAACGAUGCUUUGUGCGCUCUUCUCUGGCGUCACAUAAGCCGUGCUCGGGGCUUUGGCUCAUUAGACUCUGGAGGUCAGGGCACCCUACCAGUUCAAUUUACGCUUGCUGUCCAAGGGCGACAACGUCUCGCGCCACCUUUAUCCCAAGAAAUGCUGGGAAACGUCGUUACCUUGUGUCCGGCAACCCUAGACAUCAACACUCUAACCUCGCCAUCCUCUCCACUUUACCACGUGGCUAGCACGUUGCGGAAGGCGAUCAACAAGAUUGAUUCUGCCUAUCUCAGGGGAACAAUAGGAAUGAUUGACUCAGUAUGCGAUCUCCAGAAUCUAGAGCUCUCAGUCUUCGAUAACCCACUACGCGAUCUUCUUGUGUCGAGUUGGUCGGACUUGGGCCUGCUUCAGGUGGACUGGGGUCAAGGGGUUGGACGGCCAGAGUGUAUGAGGAUCCCGAAGCAGCCAUCGACCGGUGGAAUUGGCGGCGCUGGGAUAUUUCCUAGACUGCUCGAUGGGGGGCUAGAAGUCUUGAUCGGCGUCGAGGCAGAGACGAUGAAGCGUCUGAGGGCUGAUGAGGAAUUUUUGAGAUAUGCCGAAUGGAGAUGCACAUAG